AUGAUGACCAUGUGCCUUCCGUGCGCUGAGGGAAACGAUCAGCAGGACAUGAACAUGUUUCGCAGCACGGUGGACAGCGAUUCUUGUUUCAAGGCCGCGGAGGAUGACACGAGCUCUCAGGUCUCGACGGAGCUGGGGAACGAUGCUACGGGGACCUCCCAGCGCCUGCAUGACGGAGCAGACGACCUCGCAUGGCCAGCGUAUUGUCAAAAUUUGAUCAUAUUUGAUUGGGAUGAUACUCUUUUUCCCACCACUUGGUUGCAUCAGCAGGGCCUCCUCAAGGAGGAUGCUGAGGUCAGCGAAGAGCAAGGUGUGCAGCUGCAGGCCUUGGCCAGCCUGGUCGCCACGACGCUGGAUGCGGCAAAGAGGCGCAGUGCCGUGUCCAUCGUGACAAAUGCUGAGCAUGGAUGGGUUGAGCUUAGUUGCCGAACGUUCAUGCCCACGCUACAGGCUCAUCUUCUGGACAUAAACAUUGUUUCCGCGCGCACGCGUCACGAACAGCAUGGACUUGUUGCACCCACCACCUGGAAAUGCCUUGCUUUUGAGGAGGUGGUUGGUGAAUUUUUCAGUGUCCCGGAUGGCGCAGGCGUGGCUGCGCGACGCAACAUCAUCUCGAUCGGCGAUUCCGAGCACGAGAUGGAUGCACUCAAGUGGGUCGCCAACGGAACGGAAUGUUACGCGAAGUCCGUGAAAUUUGUACAGAAACCGUGCGUAGAGCAGCUCAUGGAGCAGCACGAGCUGGUCGCCCGAUCUGUCGACGAUGUCGUCGACCACGGUGGCAACCUCGACUGUGAAGUUGGCCUAGAGGACAUCUGA